AUGACGCAGGGGGAGAAGUUCGGCCAAAUCCUCGCUCUCCUGAGCGAGAAUUCGAAGGGGAUUUCGGAGUUGAAGGCGAUGAUGACCGAGAUCAAGCUGGCAAAAGAGGAGAUCGAAGCUUGGAAACCGGAGGUGGACAGUCGGAUGGCGGAUUUGGAGAGCGCCGUCUCCACUCUCGGUGAGCGCGUCAAGCACCUCACCGGCUCCAAUAUCUCGUCGGCGAACAAGGGAAUCUCCAUCGAGCAACCCGCGCCUGAAGCAUCGAAGGCCGGGGGUACUGGGAUGCCGGAUUCUGCCCAUCUGGGAUCGACCCCGUCCGGGGUGGCGUCUGGGCCAUGCGGCCACCGCGUUGAACAUCGGCGCCGGGGAAAUGUGUUCGGGGUGGUGUAUGCCACCCUGGAAGCGUCCCCGUUUUCCUUCCCAAAGUUUGAUGGCUCUAAUCCUAGAUUAUGGGUGAAGCAGUGUGAAACCUUUUUUGAUGUCUAUGCUGUUGCUCCUAGUCUUUGGGUUAGUUAUGCAUCUAUGAACCUGGUUGGCUCAACAACCCUCUGGUUCCAAACCUUACAAGGCAAUUCCACUGAUCUAACCUGGGAUGCUUUUGUGUUAUCUGCUACCAAUAGAUUUGAUAGGGAUGAGCACAACCAUCUUCUUAGGCAAUUUUUCCACCAUAAACAGUUAUCCUAUGUCUGUGAAUAUGUUGAACAGUUCAGUGAUAUCGUGCAUCAGUUGCUCGCUUAUGAUCCCACUUUUUCACCCACCGUUAUCACCAAUCGUUUUGUUGAUGUCCUUAGAAAAGAUAUAAGAGCUGUUGUGAUGAUUCAUAGACCACAAGACCUCGAUACUGCUAGUUCCUUGGCUUUUCUGCAGGAGGAGGCACUUCAAGAUCAAGUCAUCAAGAGAUCUGAUUCUGGUCAUUAUUCUAAGAAGCAUGGUGUUGAAACUCACAAACCCAAUUUUACACCCACUGCUAAACCAGCUGAAGACAAGAAGGCUGUUCCAUUAACUCUGUCCAAGUCUGAUGAAGAUAAGGUUUCUGCUCUGAAAUCUUAUAGAAGAUCUAAGGGCCUAUGUUUUAAGUGUGGAGAGCAAUGGGGACCCCAACACAAAUGUCCUUCCAUUGUUUCUCUUAAUGCAAUGGAACAGUUGUGGCAGUGUGUUACUAAAGGAGAAGAACUAGAGUUUCUUUCUACUGAAGUGGAUACAGAAUCUGAUGAUGAAUUGAUGGCCUUAUCAGUGCAAGCACUUAGUGGUACUGAGGGAUCCAAGACUAUUAGGCUCAGAGAUGAGUAG